GCGCGUUUUUUUCCUGGCCAAGAUGGCGCUGCCCGUAGUACGGUGUUGUUUCCAGAGAGUUUUUGCUCAGAGUCCUAGCCAUAUUUCCUCUAGAAUUGUUCAAUAUCCUGCAGUGGUUCCUUGUUUUACCAACUUACUUGUUCCCAGUAGAAAGUAUGCUGCAAAAUCAUCACCUAGUCCUAGGAAAUAUAGAAGAGCCUCUCAGGAAAAAAAAACAGUUUCAGAGCCUAAGGAAAAAGAGGACCGUUAUAAAUUGCCUUUACCACUUGAACCAAAGGAUGAUGUUUAUUUGACGUGGUGUUAUCAAAAAACAGUUUAUGACACAGAAGCUGCUUUAGAGCUUUUAAAGAAAUUCCAACCACUGGAUUUUACAUCCCCCACCCAGGAAUUGUAUGCACGUAUCACCUUGGAUAUGACAUCGGAAAAGAAGAAACCUGUGGGGCCAUUUAUUAGUACUCUUUUGUUGCCUUACCGUUUCACAGACGCUGUCCCCAAGAUUUUAGUAUUCACGCAGGAUCCAAAAGAAGCAAAUCUAGCAACAGAAAAUGGAGCUGCCAUAGUAGGAGGAAUCGAGCUAAUUAAGCCGAUUUUAAAUGAGGAAAUCGAAGCAGAUUUUUAUAUCGCAGUACCUGAAAUAACAACAAAAAUUAAUCCUUUGAGGAAUUUUCUGAAACAAAAGUACCCUUCCAUGAAAAACGGUACCAUUACUUACAAUAUCCCCGAGACACUUAAUUUCUUCAAAAUCUGCCAUGAAUAUGCAGUGACCGACGACAACCUCAUCCAAACCCCGUUUGCAAUGCUGGACAUGCCUAAUGAUCAGAUACUUGCUAAUCUGGACGGUAUUAUUAAAGACAUUUGCAAACACAAACCUUCAAAACAUGGUCCUUUUGUAACAAGUAUGAGCAUUCGAAGUUCAACCAGUGAAGCCUUAGAUGUGAAAGUUGAACAGUUUCUUCCCCAAGAAGCUCUGGGACAGAAGUUGGAAGAAGCUGAAACGAUCAGCAAAGAAGAAAAGCAAGAACCAGAUGAUUAGAAGGUUGCAGAAAUGUCAUUUUCCUCGUUAAAAAAAAAAUUAUAAAGGGCAGUUCUUGUAGCUUCAUCCAGAAUUUCCCCACAAGUUCUGGUCCUGAAGGGGAAGUUUGCAACAAUCUCGGGAGACAAUUGAAUUGUCCACAAACCUUGAAGCUCCUUAGUGCUGUUAGAUCAACAGUCCCCAAAAUUUGGGGCCUAGAAAUGUCUGGGAAUCACUGAUAUUACAGGCUCAGCACAUGUGGAGAGCCUGCCUGCUCUGACACCAAUGCUUCAGUGCAAAUCCUUCUCCGUUUGUAAAAAAAAAAAAGAUGUAAUUGCACAACAUUUUAUUAAAAAUGAAAAGCUUUGUGUACAGUUUUUAUUGAU